AAUGUAGAUUUUGUUUCGCGGAUAGAGUCGAAAAACAUUUCUUCCAAAAAAGUUUGCACCUUUCGCACAUCAUCAUGGCCCCAAAACCGGAAUCCGAAACCAGGUCGGGUCUGAGGAAGCGAAACGGAACAAGCAUCUCCGAGUUGAUUUCCGUGUUGCGCGACUCGUUCCUGACUAGCGACUUUGACCGAAUCGAGAAGGUGUUAUUGGCGCGGGAAGAGAGGCUGGAGGCAGAACUCGACGAGAAGGAGAGAGAAAUUGGGGCCCUCAGAGAAAAAAUGGCUAUUGAGAGGUUGGGGAGGAUCAAUGCGGAGUUGGAACUGGAGAAGCUGAGGCAGAAGAAGGUGGUGAGGAGUGAUAAUGGGUUUGGUUUGGAUUGUGAGAUUGUUGUGAAGAGGAAAAAAUGCAAUGUUGAUGGUGGUGGUGACGUGAAAGGUGGAAAAGUUAGAAUUUUGGGAAAAAAGGAGAGAAGGGUUGCUGCGUUGGAGAGUGAGAAGGGGAGGAAUGUUUGUGAGCAGAAGAAGGAAGUGGUUGGAAUCAGUUUGAAGACAAAAGAAGGUGGUUUAGGUGCUUCAGAAGUGGGGAAAAUAGAAGAUGUUAUUAUUAUAGGAAGUGAAGAAGAUGAAGCAACAUUGGACAAGAAAGAGACUGGUAAUGACCAUCAAAGUUCAGCAGCAGCAUUCCAAAAAAAUCUUCUGACAGGAUUGACUGCAAGCAUUGGGAAUCUGAAAAGGAAAUUUGUUUCUUCGCCCAAAUUGGAUGCGAAUGUCUUGAAGGGCUCGGAUAGUGAUGAUUCCUCUUCUAGUUCAAGUUCCAGUUCUUCUAGUCCAUUUGAUAUGGAUAGUCUACCUCUUCCAAAGAAUAAGAAAACUAGAACAGAUGCAACAAGUCUUAGAUUGAAUUCAUUACAAAGGUAAAGAGGCAGAACAUAGAUGUUAGGUAAUAUAGAUCACAUAAUUGAGGGUGGGAAAAGGGAGAAGUGCCGUGGUGAUGUUCGGGUUUUUCUUGUGGUAUAUGUGAGAAAUUUUUUGGUCGAUAAAGUUAUCAUUAGAGUAGUUUGUUUAAAGUUAUAAAAUUGAAUAUGUUUUGCAUGGUGUGAAUAAUGGUAAUAUAGCAGUAUACGAAAUAACAUGUUGCAGAGAAUGAAUAAGAGGGCGAAAAGUGCUUAGAACAAAUGCAGAACGAAUCCCAAUGGAAAACCUAAGACCACAGUGGGUACAACCACAGUGGUUAGUUCAGUUUGACUUUCGGUCUGUGUGGUUUCGUCA